UCAAGCUUUAGCAAUUAAGUUUUCUGGGUCAAGUUUUGCUGAGUCAGGUUUCGCCAGGUCAAGUUUGUUAGCCAAUUUUUGCCUUGGUCAGGUGUUGUUAGUUGGUCAAGUUUCUCUGAAGCCUUUCAUUAUUGCUAGAGUUAGGUUUCUUGAGUCAAGUUUUUUCGAGUUAAGUUUCUCAAAGUCAAGUUUUUCUGGGUCAGGCUUCUCUUCUCCAAGACCAAGGUUUAUA